AUGCCCAAGAACCCGCUCAAGUUCGCGAGACGAAAGUCUGCCGCUUCUGAGGAGCCGACCACCACUCCUGCCGUCUCCUCCUUCCGCGUACUCGAGCGCCCGCAGAAGAUCAAUCUUGAUGGCUACGACCGAACACCACUGGCCACCCGGCCCAUCAACUCGCCGAGUGCCGUGCCGUAUCCUGGCUCCAUCGACCGACUGGACGUGUGUCCGACAAGAGCGAGUAACAGCACGAUAACAUCCAACUCAAGCGGCUACUACUCGCCUUCCGCACGCCACAGUUCCACCUCUACCCUUCCCUCCUCUGUCGAUGCCGAGAAAGAGCCGGAGAAUGAGGAGCUGUUCCCCCGCAAGGGCAGGACUGCGACCGUAUUUGAAGAGAUUCCCUUCAACCACAACGGAACGAAACACCAGCGGGCCAUCUCAAGUCCUUACAUGAUUCCGGCGCCACCCGUUCGGCCUAAGAAUGUCGCGACCAGCCCAGAGAGAAAGGGAGGGCCUCGCAGGGAAAGAGCUUUGACUACGGCAAGCUAUGUGAGCACCACACAGCCAAUUCUCGUUCCAGGCAUCGAUCCGACCGAUUUCGUCGGCGACGAUGUGUUUAGGCCGACGAGUGGGGAUAGAUGGGACGAUCUAACACACGCACCAUCACCUUCGAAUGGCCACCGCAGGACCGAUACAGAACUGUCGUUCCCGCCACAGACACACUCUGGAUUCACAUCGCGGCAUGGCUCACCCGACAUAAUACGGGAAAUGCCGAGCUCGCCGUACGCCUGGGACCGUAGGAAUUCCAGUGACAGGCUCAUGUCCAGCUCACCACGUCGCUCACCCAGCCCCGAAGCUCCUCCAGUUCCGCUUCAUCGAAGUACCAACGGCACCACUCCUUCCGUUUCCCCAUUUCAGAAGAGCUUCUCGCCAAGCCUGGAACGAUCAUCUCCUCCCGUGUUUGAUCGAACUUUACGAGACCGGCCGCUAAGCUUUCUGCGCGAGCAGCAAAUCCCUGGGGAUAUCCCGGAGGAAGAUGAUUCUUUUGUCGAGUCUGGAUCACGCAACGCCACUCCCCGAGCCGCUAGGUGGUUGGUCUCGCGGCAAGAGGACGGCUCACUGUUUGGUUCCUCGCCCACUGGCACGCCGAGCCGUGCCGUUCGACCGCGACAUGGCCGUUCCGCAAGUGGCUCGCCGAAACGCAUGACCAAAGCCCAGUUCGAGCAACUCCAGAAAACUGGAGAUUCAAACUCGAGUCAGAAUGGAGCAGCGGAGGAGCAUGACGAGGCCGAUGAAUACGAAGACGAUGACGAUAUGGAAAGGGCAACUCGGAUGACGAAACAGCGACAGAGACAGGAGGCAAACAUGUCGCUUUACCGGCAGCAGAUGAGGAAAGUCACCGGCGCAAAGCCGACAGACACCGACUCUCCGCCUCCACCGAACUUUGGACGGGUGUCUCCGAGUGGAUCGGCCUCGAUACAUCUUGGCGGACUGACUGGUGCAGAGCCAGCCGUUGCUGCAGGGACACCACCACACGAUGAGGAGGAUGAAGAUGUGCCUCUGGGGAUACUGCAAGCUCACGGCUUCCCGCGGUCCAGCCGAUCUGCCAGUCGAUGUGGAGACGAUGUCAGCAGCCAGCUGCGUGCCUCUGGAGGACCUUCACAUGACAAUCUGCCGCCCUUCGCGAGGCGACUUCCAGUCGAUCCGUACUAUGGAGCUGCGCUCGGACAGUCAGCCGCUGCUCAGCCACAUCCCGGAGGCCUCGUGGGCAUCAUUGCGGAUGAAGAACGCGCCAAAGCGGCACGCAGAGGGGGCCCGAACGCGGUGGCGGGCGGAUAUGGCCGUGCGGUAUCCUCAGGCAGUGCUCUGGCGCCGCAGAUGUAUGCGCCGAGCGCGAUGUCGAUGAUGGGCUUGCCGCAAAUGCAGAUGAUGGCUGGCCAAUCUCCGGAGCAGAUGCAGCAGUUCAUGCACAUGCAGAUGCAGUUGAUGCAAAACAUGCUAGCGAUGCAGCAGCAGCAACAACAGCCGGGUUUCAUGCCCGAUCUGAAUCCUACGCCGCUCCGCGCAAACGCCGCGCCGUCUAUUAGGAGUGGGCGUGCUAUGAGCAUGCUCAAUCCUCCAUCGAUCUGGGAGGCUCCUCAAGCCUUGCCUCGACCGAAGACCUGCGCACCUUCUGGAAUCAACAUGACUCGCGGGCCACCCUCGCAAGCGUACACGCCGUCCAUCGCACCGAGUGAGCGCAGCAAUGUCGGCCUACCGUCCCGCUACCGCCCGGUGGCCGGCAGCAGCAACGGUAACAGCGAAGCAUCCGCCCGAACCGCCAGCACAUCCUCGGUCAUGAUCCGCCAAGGACUAAACGACUCCUCCUCUGAUAUGGGGAAGUCGGAGCAAGGCGAACCGCCGUCGAACGCCACCAUUCGCGCCAUCGACAAGCCCAAGGGCAUGCCUAGAUUCUACUCCUCGAUGACGACGCGGUCUGUCACUAGUAACGAAGACGAGGAGGAGGAGCAGCAAGGCUGGGCGGAGAUGCAGAAGUCGCGAGAGGAGCGACAGAAGAAGAGGAAGAUGUCGCUUUUUGCUGGCAGUGCUGGUGCUAGGCAGGGCAAGGAGUUGUCGAUGGAAGAGCUGGUGCGGAAUUUGAACUGA